AUGGGUGGUGUUGACAACUCAGCCGAGGAUGUAUUUGAUGUAGAAAGAAUACUUGAUGAUCGGGUAGUCAAGGGGAAAAAACAGUAUCUCAUUAAGUGGAUUGGAUAUCCGGAUAGUGAAAACACAUGGGAAUAUGAGGAAAAUCUAAUGUGCGAAGAGAUGUUGAAGAGUUAUAUGGACACUAAAACCAAAAAGGAGAGCGAGAAGAAAACCAAAGAGAAGCAAAAUGCGAAAAAGACGAGCACGCGGAGCAAAGCCGCACUUGAAUCAAACAAGCCAGCUGCUGAACCGAAGAGUGCGCUAGUUCCUCUAAUCACAAAUGAAUGGCAUAACGAAAUUGAGAAGGUUAUAGGGGCUUCAAUAAAUGAGUAUGGAGUGAUUGAAAUCGAGUAUAUACUCAAAAAAAAUGGGCAAAACGCCACCUCUCCAAGUGAUGUAUUGAAAUACAAGGCGCCUUUGAAGCUAAUUGAAUUUUAUGAAGAGAAUCUAUCAUUUCCAGAAUAA